CUCACGCGCACGGAUCAUCUGAUGACGUGGUGCCGUUGGCGUUCGCUGAGCUGCGCGAGAGGAUGGCGGACCAGAACAGGCAAAUCAAACUCGCUGCAGCCAAGAAAAAGCUGAAGGAGUUUCAACAGAAGACUGUCCCAUCCACAGUAAGUGCCGGACCGAAGAAGAAGAGGAAAGUGAAAGGAGGCGAUCAGACGGAUGGACCGGCUGGCAGACGCUCUCCAGACAAUAUUGAGAAUAUUCUCAAAGUUAUGGUGUCUGAUCUUAGUCUGACUAAUGGAGUGUCUCAGCCUCCAUGUGUCAACAACAGUCAGGAUCGUGUGGAUGUGGGGAACCGGGUCUCACAGGAGCUGGAGGAGGCCAGUGCUGAUCCUGACCGAGACUCGCCCGUCUCUAACCCCGCUUCUGUUAUUAACACUGAGUGUGUCGCUGAUAACGCUGCCCUGCAGAAUUACACAGCUGAUGCAAAUGGCGACGAACAUCCUCUGGAAGAUAAAAGGCCGCUGUCGUCCACAGAGAGCCUGAGACAGCUUUCCCAGCAGCUCAAUGGACUUCUGUCUGACUCAUCAACAUACAUCAAUGGAGACAGCGAUCCACCGGCAGUCAACGAGAAGGAACUGGAGACUCGCAACCAAGAGCUGGCCGCUGCUCUGGACUCCAGCGCACUAACAAACACCCAGCUCACGUCCAAACUCGAGACACUGACGAAGCAGUCUCAGGAGCUUUCUGAUCAACUGCAGAAGGAGCGGAAAGAGUUUGAGCAGAAGUUCAGUAAGGACCAGGGAGCGAUGCGUGAACAGCUACAGGUUCACAUUCAGACCAUCGGCAUCCUGGUGUCCGAGAAAUCAGAGCUACAGACGGCCCUGUCUUACACACAGCAGGCAGCACGACAGAAGUCAGGCGAGGCAGAAGAUCUGAGCUCGCGACUGCAGGCCAGUAAACACAGAGUGUCUGAGUUAGAGAGAACAUUAUCUACAGUCUCGACACAACAGAAGCAGUUUGAGAAGCAUAAUAAAGAGCUUGAAAAGGAGAGAGACAGUCUACGAGUGGAGGUCCUCAGGUUUAAUAAUUUGAGCGAGGAGUCCCGGCAGCAGAGCUCAGAACUUUCUGAGCAGCUCAAGCUGAGAGUAAAUGAGAACAAUGCCUUGAAACAUGAGGUUGAUGAGCUUCGCAAGCGGCUGGAGAUGGCCGACGACAUGCUGCAGCAGUUCUCCAGUCAGUCGGGUCCUCCAUCAGAACACCAGCAGGUUCAGCUCAUCCUGGAAGAGAAGCACCAGUUAGAGGCUCACGCGGCUCAGCUGAUGGAGUCCGUCGCUCAGCUUCAGGUGGAGAGAGAUCAGUACGCUGCACAGAUUCAGGAGGAGGGAAGAGUGUGGAAAGACAAAACAGAACAGCUCCUGUCUCAGGUGCGUCUGAUGUCUGAGGAGAGGGACAACACUGCUGUUCAGAUCCACGAGCUGCAGGAGAAGAUCAUAGAACUGGAGAACGCUGCAGCUCUGAUGAGCAGAGAGCAGGAGCUGCAGGUCGUGUCACAGGUCUCAGGCCCUUCAGAAAGUGAACUGGCCCUUCAGGAAACCAUCAGCAGCCUUCAGCAGGAGAGAGACGCUCUCAGUCUACAGUACCAAGCACAGGUGCGGGACAACGAGCAGCUGAGUCGACUGGUGCAGGAACAGGAGAUGAGGCUGGAAGAACUGGAGAGACAGGCCGAACGGGCCGCUGAAGACGCUCAGGAUCGACUCCGUAUUCUGGAGGACGUCCAGAGCGAUAAAGCCACCAUCAGCAGAGCCCUGGCUCAGAACCGAGACCUCAAAGACCAGCUGGCUGAGUUUCAGAACGGUUUCGUCAAGCUGACCAAUGAGAACAUGGAGCUGACGAGCGCUCUGCAGUCCGAGCACCACAUCAAGAAGGAGAUCGCUCGUAAGAUGGGUCAGCUACAGGAAGAUCUGCACAAUGCCAAAGAACAGCUGCAGGAGAAGUCGAGCGAGGUGGCGUCGGUGCAGGAGCAGAGGGAUCAGUAUCUCAGCCAUCUUCAGCAGUACACGAGCGGAUACCAGGCGCUGGUGGCGGAGCGAGAGCAUCUGCACAAGCAGUUCCUGCAGCAGGCGCAGCUGAUGGACCGGCUGCAGCACGACGAGGUGCAGGGCAAAGUGCAGCUGGAGCAGAGUCACGUGCAGCUGCAGGAGGCACAGGAGAAACUAAACCAGCUGGCCAGAGACAAUGAGGACCUGAAGACGGAAGUGCAGGAGCUCCUGAACGGCUCCGUCACGAACACGUCACACAGAGACGAGGGUGACGGGUUGGAGAGUCACUCGCUCCCAGAGAGCUUCCAGAAAUCACAGAUCGUCAUUCCAGAAGAGUUUGAGACCAGAGAAGACAUGGCGGAGUUUAUUCAUUCUGCCCUGUCCCGUCUGGAGGAUGAGCGAGAUGAGAUGAGCCGUCGCUUCGAGGAGGAGAGGAGGCUUCAUCACGCCGCCCGGCAACAGAUGACAGCCAUGAGCCACGAGCAUCUUCAUCAUCAUCAUCAACAGAGCACAUGUGCAGAGACAGGAGACUCUGACGGGGUUCCAGUGGAGGUGCACGAGGCUCUGCGUGUCGCCAUGGACAAACUCCAGGAGCGUUUCACCAAACUCAUGCAGGAGAAGGUGGACCUGAGGGAGCGAUUGGAGGAGCUGGAGCACCGCUGCAUUCAGCUGUCAGGAGAAACGGACACCAUCGGUGAAUACAUCGCGCUGUAUCAGAACCAGAGAGCCAUCAUGAAACAAAGACACUUUGAAAAGGAGCAAUACAUCAACAUGCUGGCCAAAGACAAGGAGGAGAUGAAGGUGAAGUUAGCCGAGCUGCAGGACCUGGUCAUGCGUUUGGUGGGGGAGCGUAACGAGUGGUACAGCAGAUACAUGAGCGCCGUCAGUAACCCUGACCUCCUGCCUUCUGGAGGAGACCAGCCUCGACCUGAUGACCAAAACAUGGACGGCAACAGUGUGGACAGUCCAGCGGUUCUGGACAUGAGCUCAGCGGUGGACGGGUCUUCGUCGGCCCAGUCCAGCACAGACCCCGAGAGCUCAGAGAGACCCGCAUCCACAGCCGACCCGUCCCUGAGACCCCGAGAGGACGGGACGGCCCGUCAGAUCAUGCAGCUCCUGCAGGAGAUCCAGAACCCUCAGGCCCGACCGGCUCCAUUCCUGGGGGAGAACCCCUGCAUCCCGUUCUUCUACCGGCCCGACGAACACGACGAGGUCAAGAUUCUGGUGGUCUGAAUCUGCGUUCCUGCUUGGCUUCGGGAUGUUUGGCGAUAUGGACUCCUAGUUUCUCUGGUUUCUAGAGAAAUCUUGAUUCUGAAACUCUCCAUUUUGGUUUGUGUGUAAACCAGUUAAUCCAUAAGAAUAUCAGUUCUCGCUGCUCUCGUGUCCCUGAUCAAUCUGUGCGAUUAGUCCACUUUAUCAAACAUAGGUGGUGCAAUAGACCGUUUCCUGGCCAAUCAGUGAUGAUUCAUAUCAGUAAGAUUGUGAACUCGUUACAUAAUAAUAUGAUAUGAUAUGAUUAGA